GUGUGAGAUUCUACCGCGUAAUUGGCAUAUGAGACCCCCCCUCCUCCGUAUCUAUAGGGCGUGUGUAAAUUAGAGUGAGCGUGCGGCUGCGGGUGCGCCUGAAAGCGGUGGAGGGAGCCGUUAUCCACUACGGCGAAUUUGGACGGCAUUGCACUUGAAUACUUUAGGAAGAGAGAGGACCAGGGACAUGUAGUGCAUAUAGAUUUUCUACACUGGAAUAUAGACACACGCAUACUCAACCGCCCCCUUCUCUCUCUCUCUCUCUCUCUCUCUCCUCCCUCUCUCUCUCUCUCUUUCUCUCUCUCUCUGUCCCUCGUUCCCCCCACACCACUAUAACGGCGCGUAAAAUAUAUUAGUUAAUUCAACUUUAUGCCAUGGCUUCCAUAUUUUGAAUGGCUCACUUCGUUCGUGGAUUACAGUUUAAAUUUUCCAUUUUGCAUCUUCGGAAUAUUGAUUGCGUCGACUCCAACUGUGAACAAAUUCUUCUCUGAUUGGUGAGGUAAUAUUUUUGCGUGCCGACAGACUGUCGAAACGCGAAGACCACGUUCAAUGCCGUUGGAACAUGUCCUAUGUUCCCUUUCAAGAUGCGAGGUGUGCUGUCCCCCCCUCCUAUCGCUCCCACGCCCUCUCCUUCGCUGCUCCCUCCUACGACCACCCUGGCUGGGACCCCCGUAUGCGCGUGACCUCCGGAAAUCAGCUCUACAUGUUGGACCAGGAGGAGGUACACCCGUUGCUGAUGCGUGAGCGGCGCUCAGAGUCUCACAGGAACAAGCUGCUGCGCAGAACAGUCAGCGUUCCUGUUGAGGGGAGGCACCAUCCAGAGAUGGAAAACGCUCGCGUCAGACGGAAGAGCAUAGCCACCGGGAAGCAGCCGAGCAUGGAGACCCCUCCCACUGCCCCCCCUCAACCCUUCCGACAAUCCGUGAGUAACCCCCCCUCCCGGCCUCGCUCGCUCCCCCCGUCCCUCUCUCUCUCCCUGCCCCCGUUCGAGGACCCGCCAUACCUGCUGCCGAGGCAGCACAUCUGCCGGCGAGGGUCCAGCACGCCUCCUCUCCCACGCUCGCUCCCUCUCUCCCCGUGCCUCUCUCUCAUGCUCCCUCCAUCGCUCCCUCCCUCGCUCCCGUCCCCUUCCCCUCCCUUCGCUCUCUGGGCAGGGGACUGGAGGCUCGCCGGCUCGACCCACGGGGCCGUCACGCCGUUUAUCGCGCCGUUGCCCUCCGUGGAGAGUUUCCUGAGCCGCCGACUGAAGGGUUCCAUUAAGCGGGCCAAGAGCCAGCCCAAACUGGACCGCACCAGCAGCUUCCGCCACAUGAUCCUGCCCCGGUUCCGCAGCGCUGAUCAGGAGAGGACUCGCCUGAUGCAGAGCUUCAAGGAGUCCCAUUCCCAUGAGUCCUUGCUGUCGCCCAGCAGUGCCGCGGAGGCCCUGGACCUCACCCUUGAUGAGGAUGCCGUCAUCAAGCCCGUCCACUCCAGCAUCCUGGGCCAAGAGUAUUGUUUCGAGGUGACUACAGCUUCAGGAACAAAGUGCUUUGCGUGUCGCUCAGCCGCAGAAAGAGACAAAUGGAUCGAGAAUCUUCAGAGAGCCGUCAAACCCAACAAGGACAACAGCCGGCGGGUGGACAACGUGCUGAAGCUGUGGAUCAUCGAGGCGCGCGAGCUGCCGCCCAAGAAGCGCUACUACUGCGAGCUGUGCCUGGACGACAUGCUGUACGCGCGCACCACCAGCAAGCCUCGCACCGACACCGUCUUCUGGGGCGAGCACUUCGAGUUCAACAACCUGCCCGCCGUCCGCAACCUCCGCCUCCACCUGUACAAGGAGACCGACAAGAAGAGACGCAAGGAGAAGAGCACCUACUUAGGCCUGGUCAGCAUCCCCAUCUCCAGCAUCACCGGUCGGCAGUUUGUGGAGCAGUGGUACCCCGUCAUCCAGCCCAGCGUCCUGACCAAAGGAGGCGGCGUGGGGGGAGGCAAGAUCAUCAACGCCUCCCUGCGCCUCAAGUCGCGCUACCAGACCAUGAGCAUCCUGCCCAUGGAGCUGUACAAGGAGUUCGCCGAGUACGUCACCAACAACUACCGCACGCUGUGUGCCGUGCUGGAGCCCCUGCUGAGCGUCAAGAGCAAAGAGGAGGUGGCCUGCGCCCUGGUGCACAUCCUCCAGAGCACAGGCAAGGCCAAGGACUUUCUUUCAGAUAUGGCCAUGUGUGAGGUGGACCGCUUCAUUGACAGAGAGCACCUCAUCUUCAGAGAGAACACCCUGGCCACCAAAGCUAUAGAAGAGUACCUCAAACUGAUUGGACAUAAGUACCUCAAGGAUGCUUUAGGUGACUUCAUCCGAGCCUUGUAUGAGUCUGAGGAGAACUGUGAGGUGGACCCCAUGAGAACCCCUCCCUCUGUCCUAGCUGACCACCAAGCCAACCUGCGGAUGUGCUGCGAGCUGGCACUCUGCAAGAUCGUCAACUCCCAUUGCGUGUUCCCUCGCGAGCUCAAGGAGGUCUUCGCCUCCUGGAGGGUCCGCUGCCUUGAGCGCGGUCGCGAAGACAUCGCCGACCGCCUCAUCAGCGGCUCGCUGUUCCUGCGCUUCCUCUGUCCGGCCGUCAUGUCGCCGUCGCUCUUCAACCUCACACAGGAGUACCCCGACGAGCAGACGUCCCGCACCCUCACCCUCAUCGCCAAAGUGGUGCAGAACCUGGCCAACUUCUCAAAGUUUGGGACUAAGGAGGAGUACAUGGGCUACAUGAACGAGUUCCUGGAGAUGGAGUGGGGCUCCAUGCAGCAGUUCCUGUACGAGAUCUCCAACCUGGACAGCGUGACCAACGCCGUGGCCUUCGAGGGCUACAUCGACCUGGGCCGCGAGCUCUCCAUCCUGCACAGCCUGCUCUGGGAGGUCAUGGCCCAGCUCAGCAAGGUGCUGAAUUCACAAGACGCCAUCAUCAAACUCGGCCCAUUACCCCGGCUGCUUAACGACAUCAGCAUGGCCCUGCGCAACCCGCACCUCCAGAGGCAGCCCAGCCACCAGAUGGACCGGCAGCAGGAGCGGCAGCAGGAGCGCCUCCGCUCCAGGCCCAGCUUCAACCGGGGCGUCUCCUCGGACUUCCAGAACCUUAUGAUGAGGGACCUUAACAGUUCCAUAGAUAUCACCCGCUUGCCUUCCCCGACCACCGCCAUAUCCAGUGGAGGUGUGGGCGUUCCAUCAAGGGCUGGAAUGGGGGCGUUCAUGGAUCGGGACCACCCUCAUCGAGCCUCAUCGAAAGACGUCUUCUACGUGACCCGUCCCCCUUUGGCCCGGUCCAGUCCCGCUUACUGCACGAGCAGCUCCGACAUCACCGAGCCGGACGCCAAGGACUCGCAAAUGAACAGCGUGUCUAAUCUACAGUCUGUGGGGGAUAUUCUCAACUCCUCCUCCCAGGCCUCGCUCUCUGGCCUCGGCUGCUUCAGUGGCCUCGGCGGCGGCGGCAGCGGAGGCGGGAGCGGUGGCCUGGGCGGAGGUGGCCUGGGCCAGCAGCUCCGUGCCGGGGGACGCCUGUCGGCCGGCUCGGGGGGCUCCAGCAUCUCCGGCGGGCUGCGCGUGACUCAGCUGAGCCAGAUGGGCGCCACCACCGACUCGCUGUCCCAGCAGCAGCAGCAGCAGGCGGCCGCCAUGCGCUACCCCCUCUCCUUCCAGAACCCGCUGUUCCACCUGGCCGCCGACGGCCCUCAGCACCCUCAGCACCACCCGCACCACCAGCAGCAGCACCAGCACGGUGGCCGGGCCCAGCCGCCACCCCCGCUGCUGCUCGCCCCCGAGCCGGACGGCAUGCACCCGGCCUACACGCCGCAGUUCGGCCGCAGCGGCUUCUCGCGCAGCGAGGACCUGUCCACGCUGCGCACGUCCGCUCACCUGGGCCAGCCCAGCAUCAUACACUCGCACAGCUACAGCGAUGACUACACGCGCCACAGCCAGGCCGACUACAACCGCCGGCAGCUCUCCAUGCAAAUGCAGGAAAACCUCCAGCAGCAGGAAAUGAUGGGCAUGGCGUCCCAGACUGGCACCUCCCACUCCUCCUUGGCCUCGCCCCCAACCACCGUCCAGCCCGUCCGUCAGAGCUCCAUGGCCCCGGCCCCGGGGCCGCAGCCGGCGCAGCGAAUGAAAUCCCAGACGUCGCACCAGCUGUCCGUCAGCUCGGCCGCCGCCUCCACCCCGCCCAAGCAGCGCCCGCAGAGCGGCAACCUCCUGCAGUCGCCCGAGUCCGCGGGCUACGGAGGCCGCGGGCAGCAGGCGCCGCCUCGGCAGCAGCUCUCCGUCAAGGACAACACGCCGCCUGGGCUGCCCCAUCAGCAGAGCUCCGCGCGCGAGAGCCAGGGGUCGCAGGGGUCACAGGCGGGCACCCCGCAGUCCACACAGCAGUCCUCCAAGCAGCAGCAGCAGCCCCAGCCCCAGCCCCAGCCCCAGCCCCAGCAACAGCACCUGCUCAAGCCCACCAUCAGCAAACAGGGUUCUCAGUCCCCCUCCACCCUCAACCCUCACACCCCGGCCUCGGAGCGGACGGUUGCGUGGGUGUCCAACAUGCCCCACCUGUCGGCUGACAUCGAGAGCUCGCGUAUCGACCGAGAGGACUUUAAGCUGAAGGAGUACUCUAAGAGUAUGGACGAGUCUCGGCUUGAUAGGGUGAAGGAGUACGAGGAGGAGAUCCACUCCCUGAAGGACCGUCUGAUGAUGUCCCACCGCAAGCUGGAGGAGUACGAGCGGCGCCUCCUCACGCAGGAGCAGCAGACCAAUAAGAUCCUGCUGCAGUACCAGAGUCGCCUGGACGACAGCGAGCGGCGGCUCAGGGCACAGCAGACGGAGAAAGACUGCCAGAUUAAAGGAAUUAUAAACAGACUCAUGGCUGUGGAGGAUGAGCUGAGGGGUGGACCUGUGAUUGAACCCAAAACCAGGAUGUUUGCUGAUCAGGAAGACCAGCUUUCCUCCUUGGGUUCAGCAGACGCCGGUGUGAAUAAAGGAGGAGGAGGAGGAAGAGGAGGAAUACUCCUUGCAGCUGACCCUGGAGUCUCUUCUUAUGGAAUCUCCCCAGACAAACCCCCUCGGAACGGAGUCCUGUCCCCCCCCUCGGCCCCGUCGGGCCCGUCUCCUCAUUCCCCUCCUCACCCUCACCGCAGCCAGAAUGGAGAGCUCCGUGGCAACCAAAAAUCCAUCCCAGUGUCAGUCACAACGGCAACUAGCCCCCCAGCAACCGAGACAUCAGUGUCUGGCCAAGCAGGAGGGGGAGCAGGUCAAUAACAACACCAGGCCAAAUAAAUGAGAGAAGAGCCAGAGCCUAAAAAAGUCACCCUAAUUUCACUAGAAUAGCCCCUCGUGUCGCCAUUUUAUUUUUGCUAUCCUGUGCUCAAACCAGAGAGAGAGAAGAAUUAUGUGGGGGGCAGCACAUAUUUUACACAUAGCAUGAACAGAAGAGAAUCAAGGGCUUUCAGGAGACCUGAUCUCCAAAGAUCCAAAAAGGCUUUGGUCAAUAUCUGUCUUUAGAGACAGGUGACUAUACUUUAAAUAUCUUGGAUAUCAUUGGAAUAUCAUAUGGUUUUUUGUUUUUUUUAAAGAAACCUUUUAACAAUCCUCUUACUUGUUGACCACAAGAAGGUUAAUGGAGAAAGCAAACGCAAACCCACAAGUAGAAUCUUGAUUAUACGGACUCAGUCGUAGUUGUCUUCUGUCUUGAAAAUGCUAUAAACAUCCUUUGGUGAAGACGUUGUAAUGUGGUCUAGCUUCCGUAGUGCCUUUCAGCAUCUAUAAACAGGGUUUUAAAAAAGUAGUAAAAUGUGCUAGCAAUGUUAUCACACUAGUGGUUGAAUCACACAGUGUAAUCAGAAAAUCAAAGAGAACUGUCAGUACGAUGCCAUUUUAACAAACCUGUGUGUCCAAGGCAAGACAAGUCCACUUUUUGUGGAUUUCACAACUUCAAACACUUGAGGGAAGUGGUUAUAGUCAUCAAAAUUGUAAUUAACUUCUUUUUUUUGUUCAUUUAUUUAUUUUUCGCCGAACUGGACUUGCAUUGUUUUCUCUUCUCAAUCUCAGAACCUGAUGAUGAUUACUUGGUGCUACAGAAACAAACCGUGUCAUUUCCUGUCUGUGUCACAGCACUGCCUCUCAUUCACUCACUGUCCAUUUGUCCUCGUCUACACGGCUCCUCUUUAAUUUACAUGCUACUGUCUAAAUGUCCUAAGUGUUUAUAUGUGCACAUAUGUGUGUGUGUGUGUGUGUGUGUGUGUGUGUGUGUCUCUGUGUGUGGGUGUGUGUGUGUGAAUUUGAGAGGGGUAGAGAGAGUGAGUGCAAAAAAAUGUAAUGUGAACGUUUGUUUACAUUGAUGUUCAUGAAGGAAGUGGAGUAAAAGGUGGACUCUGUCAGGUAAACUAUUGCCUUUCAAUCAAAAGAAAGGGGGCAGGUCAUUAGUGGGACAUAAUGGCAGGUAUAUAUCUGUAUAUGUAUAAAGGUAUAACAUCUAUUUUUCUAUGUAUGCGUCACUAUAUGCCUCAAGAAAGCUGUCCAUGAGAGCAUUGUAAGUGCCCAACUGAGAAUAUCAGUGCUGACAAAUAAUGUUUGAGAAUUAUUUGACUGAAAUGUAAGUUCUUGUCAUUAGUUAUUGUAAAAAUGGUUUUCGAAGAGGUGUAUGAUUAAGGUAUGUCAUCAUUUCUACUCUUUGAUUAUCCCUCGACCGAUCCUUAGUAACUCUUACUGGCCCUAAACUCAGAAAGAUGCUCGUAGUGACUUUUCUGUACAUUAUAAAAUUGUACCUUAAAAGCAUGCCAGAUAUCUACAGUAUUGUAUUAAGAUGGACUGUGUUUAGCAUAUCUUAAGUCUUGUUCUAUGUUAUCCAUCCUUUGUCCCAUUUCUUUUGUAUACUGUCCGUUGUUAUGUUUGUUUGGAAAAGAGUGACUUUAUUGCCAUUUUCUUUUAACUUUGCGCAAGACAUCCAUGUAUGUGUGCAUUGUUGUGCUGAUGCAACUAGCUAUUGUUCUUCAUGCGCUUCUAGUUUCAUGGAAAGGACAAAGGUUAACCCAUGUCUCCUUUUUUAGUUGUUUUGCAAGCGCAUACACUAGGCCUUACAAUAACGUAUAAAUGCAGCGAGCACAGCAUGCAAGUGUUGACAUGCCUGUACCACAGGCUACCAUGUGCAAUUGGCCUAUGAAAGACAAAUCACACAAUAACACUAUUAAGCUAUAAUGUCCAGAAGAGCAUCUAGCCAGGGGAAGGCAGGAACUGGUUUCGACCGAAGAGUGAAAAAUAAAGACAUAGAUUGAGGGCUAUCAUUUAAAUGACCUGUGCUGCAUCUAGUAAUAAAUACAAUGUGUUACAAUAGGGGAGAUGCACUGUAGGAUACAGGGUUGACAAUGCACAGUGCCAUGAAUAUACCUCAGACAAAGAAUUGAGAGACUCAGGUAAACAAACCAUUGCCUCACACCUGAACAUAAACAGGCAAAAACAGUAAAUGAAUGGCUGCCUCUGAGUGGUUGAUCCAUCUAUCGGAAGCAAUGAUUGGAUAGCACUCUACCAAGCUCCUCCCCUGUUCUUCUCUCUCUAUCUUCCUUCUCUCCCUCCAGCCAAUCACACAGCAUCAUGGAGGACAAUCGGGAACCUGAUUGGCUGAUGCAGCCAGGGCGGUACUCAGGAUGGCCUGGCCUUAAUUCAAGGGCACUAUCUCAUGAUUGACAGAAGGAGAAACUGAG